CGUCCGCUCCCGGCGUGCUCCGCGCAGGCAUGGCGGACCUGUUCGAUGGGAUCGUGAUGGCCGAGGAGAGGUUCCACGGGGAGGGGUACCAGGAGGGGCUGGCAGAGGGCAGCCACGCCGGCAUGGCUGAGGGCAGGAGGUGUGGAGCACUGCACGGAGCCAGGAUUGGCUCUGAGAUUGGUUGCUACCUUGGGUUUGCACUGACGUGGCACUGUCUGCUCCAGAAAUGCACAGAUGAAAAGAACAGCAAAAGGAUAAAGGCUCUGGAUUCAUUAAUAGGGAUGAUUCAGAAAUUCCCAUAUGAAGACCCCACUUACGAUAAGCUGCAAGAAGAUCUGGAAAGAAUAAGAGGAAAAUAUAAACAGACUUUGCAGCAGGAAACAUUUCUGUGGGCAGAGGCUGGAAUGCAAAGGAGAAGGAUGAAGACAUCUGCUCAGAAUAUGGAAUUUGCACCUGGAUUUUCCAAUGGUUUUGCAGACUGAUGGGGGGAAGGGAGCAAACUCCACAAAAUCUAGCCCCAGCAAGUUACCAGUUUAAAUGGUGGGUGAGAUAAACAUGACUGCCAGAAGAGUUGUGAUUCUCCUUGACUGUAUUUGUUAGUACCUCUUACACAGAGCAGCUUUUUAGGUGCCAGCCCUGAAAAGUGACCUCUUUGCAUGAUUCCAGCUGCGUGUAUUUAACUGUGUUAGUUGAGAAAAAUACCUCAAACAGGCUUUGGCUUGGGCUGCUGGAUGUCUUUGCAUUCCAGUUCUGUAAGGAUCCCAGAAUUCCUUCAUCAGCUGUACCCUGUGUGUGUCUGCCUGCAUGGCAGGGUACAGCCUCAUGAAGACAGAUUUGAGGGUUUUGGUUCGUUUAUUUGUCUUACACGUGAAUUGUGAUGUGCACAGGCAGUGUCAGAGCCAUCUAGUGGAUGUGUGGGAUUGUAGGAGUUCACAAAUAUUUAUGUAGGAUAAAUUGUUAAAAUAGGCAGUACAGAAUAUGCACACUCUUGAUAAUCCUAAUUAUGUGGAGAAUUUCUUUAAACUGAAGGUAGGAAUUUAUUUGCACUUGUUUCCUCAUUUGCAAAAAUGUCUAUAAAAGCAAGGGCAGGGUUGUGAGGGCUCCAAGUUGGAGAGCUCCAAGUUGGAGAGAUUCUAUUUGGAAAAUUGGUUUGGUUGCAAAUUUUCUUAUAAUGCUUUAGUUCUAUUUUUAAUAAAAUAAUAUUGCAAUAAAUUAUUAUGUAAAUGUGUAUAUACUGAACUGUAAGUAUUGUAUCAACCAGCAUUUCUGGCUGGGAUGCAGCAGGUUUAGGGUUUUCUAUUAGGUCUUUAAUAUUUUAGUUAGGUCUUUAAUUAAGUUUCAUUUGUGUGUACACACUGAUGGAGUCUCUUCUUCCAUGAGUCAGUAUUUUUCUGAAUAUCUGCUCUUUCACACCGUGUGUGAGCCUGAUUUGGUUUAUUAAAUGAGGUACAGUUCAAAAUUCUGUUGGAUGUGCAGUUUUGUGCUUUCUUCAGUGCCAAUGUUUUUGUUUUCUGCAGUGAGUUGUGGGGGUUUGUGUGACUCUCAGCGCUGUGGCAGUGGAACAUUGCCAGCAUUCUGUAGAGGUGUUUUUAUGCCUGAUUUACAGCUGAGGUUCUGGGUAUGCCUGAUUAAAAGCCCAGGUUACCUCAAGAAUAUUCAUUUGUCUUUGUCUUAGGGUCACAAAGAAUAAAAAAAAAUGCAACCCUUGUACAUGAUGAUAUUGGUUAUUAAUAAAGCAGGACAUAGAGAU